GUGAAAAAGCAUUCGAUCGUGGAACACCAUGAUGAAGUCCGCCAUGAGCAACAGCAGGAGAAGCGGCCCAACGACCUCUACUACGGCUGUCGACCGCGGACCUUGGACAGAGUUUUGCCGCCCGCUGACCGCAGAGGAUCUAGCAGUGCACAAGAACAAGGUCGCUGAAGUUCGGGACUACCUGUCAACGCCUGGAGGUAAUCGCAGCGUGCUUCUCCUCAUAGGUCCUCCCGGCAGCGCCAAAGCGGCUUGUCUACGCCUCAUUGCGUCCGAAUUAGGCUAUAAUUAUAGGCAAUGGCUGAGCCCAUCAGAAAGGAUUGGAGAAAGUUUUUUUGAGUUUUUAGCAAACGGGGACUCUAAACCGCUUGCCAAAAGUAGAGAAGAAGCACAAGCACAACAUAUACUACAUCAACAAACUACAGCACAACUACAACAAGCACAACAAGGACAUCAACUACAAUUCACUUGUUCAUCUUCGAUAAAACCUGCUGACCAGCACCAGCACCAGGAGGACGAAGUUGGUGCUUUUCGAACAAGGACAUGGGAAGAUGACUUUUUUGCCGAUCCACCGAACUCGAAAGAACAAUCAGGAGGAAAGGUCAUUCCAGGUAUAAUUCCCCCAACAUCUUCAAGUGCAUCUUCUUCUGCUUCGUCUUGUUCAAGUUCCUUCCUUGGACGUGGAAAUGCUGCGACAAAAAAUCUUCUAGUCCUUAAAGAUUUUCCAUUCGGAUUAGUGGAGCAUGAUCCUGUCCGCUUCAGAGAAAGACUCGCGGAAGUUCUGGCGCGGCGCAGGCAUUAUAGACUAGCGCUACUGGG